CCUUCUUUCUAGAGAUCCUCAUUCAUUGAGACUCUCAGCCGCACAGAGGAGCUCCAACAGACCACCUGCACCCCCUCUGCUCCUCCCCACCCAGGGGGCUGCUCACUGGAAACUGAUAGAAAGUGGCAAGAGAGCCCACCUUUAGCCCACCUCGCAGGCUGUCUUGUGUUUCCCUGGGACGUACAAAGGAAAGGGGGAGAGUAGAGAGAGAUCCGCGGAGGAGCAGAGGCAGGAAAGAAGAUGCACAUUAACCAGGAGACUUCCACCAGCAAAGGAACACCAACUCGAGAUGUAAUUCUGGUCUCCACUAUCCUUACCCUCAGCCUGAGCCUCACCAUCAUUAUGUGUGGGAUCUGUCAGUGGUGCCAGCGUAAAUUGGGGAAACGUUAUAAAAACUCUCUGGACACCGUGGGGACGCCAGAUUCCAGCCGUGGUGUUCGCAGUGAGAAGAAGACAUUAAAUGACCUAGACAAAGACUUUUGGAAUAACAAUGAAAGCACAACCCACCAGAAAUGGAGCUCCUACCCUCCCAAGGAGUUUAUCCUAAACAUUUCACCUUACGCCCCCUAUGGUGACCCAAGGCUGGCCCUCAAUGGCACUGUGUUAUCCGGUAGUAAGUCAGCUGCAUGUGGCACUUCUGGUUUGCUGGAGAAAGAUGGCCGGCUGGGGGACAAGCAAUUUCGCUGUGACAGCAUGAAGAUCAGUAUGUCUUCCCAAAGCCACCACAGCGAACCAGUUCUGGGCAAGCCGGGGAGAGGCCGAUGGAACACAGUCCAAAGCCACCUAGCAUCUGGAAAUCUCAGUCGAAACAAUUUUGAGGACCCUACCCUGAAAGCAGCCACUACCCUCGACCAUAUCCCCAUCUCUGCAGAUAUGAAGUGUCAGCGUCCUCGCACGCUGCUCCGCCAGCAGAGUCUCCAGCAACCUCUUAGCCUCAACCAGAAGCACAAUCACUACCAACCCACCACCAGUCAGAGCCUUGGUCAAUUACAGCUGCAGAACCAGCCUCCAUCAUCCAGCAGCAGUAACACCAGCAACCCUCGCCCGGCACCAACAGGUCAGACCAGGCCGCCAACCUCAGCCGGAUCUAAGUACCGAACAGCAGGCAUCAGGACCCGUAACAACGCAGGCAGCUUGGACUAUGUUGUUGGUGAGAUUCGCAAUCGAGGCCUGGACAUGAAAUCUUUCCUGGAAGGUCGCAUGGUAGUGCUGUCCUUGGUGCUGGGACUCUCCGAGCAGGAUGACUUUGCCAAUAUCCCUGACCUGCAAACCAACGGGUCCCAACAGAACCAGAACUCUCAGGGCGACAAGAGAUUACCAGCAGGAACAAAAACCACAAAUGCAUCAGGAGUGCCGGGACAGGCACAGCCAGACGAAGCUGAACGGAAAAAUGAUCAGCGAUCUUCCGUUUCAGAUCUGGUGAACUCUUUAACAAGCGAGAUGCUUAUGUUGUCUCCAGGUUCAGAUGAGGAAGAUGGCCAUGACAGUUCAGGACGGGAAACCCUGGGACGUAUUCAGUUCAGCGUGGGAUAUAACUUUCAGGAGUCCACUCUUACUGUCAAAAUCUUGAAGGCUCAGGAGCUGCCUGCCAAGGACUUCAGUGGCACCAGUGACCCUUUUGUAAAGAUCUAUUUACUGCCCGACAAGAAGCACAAGCUAGAAACUAAAGUGAAGAGGAAAAACCUCAACCCGCACUGGAAUGAGACCUUCCUCUUUGAAGGAUUCCCUUAUGAGAAAGUGGUGCAGCGAGUGCUUUAUCUUCAGGUUUUGGAUUAUGACCGAUUCAGUAGGAAUGACCCCAUUGGAGAAGUAUCCCUCCCCCUAAACAAGGUAGACCUCACACAAAUGCAGACCUUCUGGAAGGAGCUGAAACCGUGCAGCGAUGGAAGUGGAAGCCGCGGGGAGCUGCUCUUGUCCCUCUGCUACAAUCCAUCCGCAAACUCAAUCAUUGUCAAUAUAAUCAAGGCACGGAACCUGAAAGCUAUGGACAUUGGAGGAACCUCAGACCCUUAUGUCAAAGUGUGGCUCAUGUGCAAGGACAAGAGAGUGGAGAAGAAGAAGACUGUGGUCAUGAAGCGUUGCUUGAACCCUGUAUUUAACGAAUCUUUUAUCUUUGACAUCCCCACUGAGAAGCUUCGGGAGACAACUAUCAUAAUAACUGUCAUGGACAAAGACAAGCUUAGCCGUAAUGAUGUGAUCGGCAAGAUCUAUCUGUCUUGGAAGAGUGGUCCUGGAGAGGUGAAGCACUGGAAGGAUAUGAUUUCUCAUCCCAGAACAGCUGUAGCACAGUGGCACCAACUCAAAGCUUGAACUGAUGGCCUCUCUGCACUCGAUCAUCUCCUGCAGUCUUCGGUUACAUCCAACCAAAACCAACGCAUUGGCCUCGCUCUUACUGUCUGCACAUACAGCCUGCAGGCUUCACCAAGGAACCGUCAGCUUGGAACUCUGGGUAACAGGAAGCCCCAGGGCCAGUCUGUGCCAUCUGCAGCUCACAGGAUUGCUCAAAAACUUUCCUUAUACUUGUUACAAUAGGCACAGCUGCGGUUUUCCUCCUGGCCUCACGAAGCGUGGCAACCCAUCGCAGUGUUACAGAGACAUUAAGAAAGGCGGGAUUAUUCCAUGGGAAGCCUUUCUAUAUGCUGCAGGGUCUGCAAACUUUCCACAGCUUCUUCAAAUAUGUGGCAGCCACAGAAGCACAUCAGAGUGUGUAUGAUGGUCGCCGUAUAACAACUCACUUUUUUGUAGUGGUGCGAAGGUGAGAUAAACCCUAUAAUAUUUUUUGGGGGUUAUAUUUUCUUUAUAGAAAGCAGAGAUAUUGAGCAAUACCAGUUAUAUUGCUUUUUAGAGACCUCUGUUAGGUGCCAUUUGUUGGAACGUGGAGGUAGAGUUAGGACGAAUUUCGCUCCACAGACUCUUGGCCGUACAUGCGUGGUUGUCAAUGUCCAGUGUGUGUAAAGCAGUGUAGGUGUGUGCGCAAGAGAGAGUGUUCUUUUUAUUUCCCACAACCACUUACAACUCACCUCCUUUCUUCAUCUCCUCCCCUUUGCAGGCCAGGAUGAUGCUCUGGUAAACCUGCACAUCUUUGUACCGUGAUUCUUUGUAGUUUUCUUUGUUUGUAGCCUAUAUUUUUCAGUUUUUCACAAAAUAGGUUAUUUUUCAGAGUUUCACAAAAAAAUUAGAAAACACAAAAAAAAAAAGUAAGCCACAGACAAUGUUGUAUUAUAGAAAGGGACUCUGAGCCAAGGUUCUCACUUUAUAUUGAUUUCAUAGAGUGUUGAUGUUGAAUAGCCAUCCACCACUCUGCUGUCACAGAGGUCCAGAAUUCAUUGAGUUCAGUUCUCUCUGACAGCAGGAGACCUACCAUGAGCAAGUUCAGAGCCAAAGAGAAUGUUUCAUGUUAUGGUUAAUGGAGCUCAGUAUUCCCAGCCUCCUGGAAGGAAAGAUGGAUGAGACACAGGUCCUUCUCUUCUGGUGAUCACACAGUGUGACCUGUAUCUAUCAGGGACCCACUUGCCUUCUGAGCAUCACCAGCCAAAUUGAGUCUUCCAGUAUGAGGCCUUGGAUUUGCCUAGGGUCUUUCAUUUUCCAGGCUCCUGAGACCCUUGUAUAAAAUUACAAAAACUUAUUGAGUUGUAAGUUUGACCUGCUGACUAUGGUGUCUGUGUGGAAAUAAAGGGGGAAAACAAAUGUGCUUAUUAAAAGUGAAA